AAAAAAAUGUAUGAUGGUGUAUAGCUGUAGGACACGCACUUCUUUUCUAGUGCUUGAAUUUCUCGAAAUAAUGUUUCCAGCAAUCAUAUUUGCACUUUUAUUCAAAUCAACAUAACUAUCAAACUAACUUUCUCUUUUGAAGAUCUCGUCAGAAUGGAAGGUGUAAAAAAAUAAAUUAUGGAAAAAAACAGAUAACGUUUCUGGAGUUUAUAUUCAUGCAAGAAAAAAAUGAUAACUGAAAUGAAGAAAAAAACUUUAAGUGAAUUAUUUGUCUGAAAGCUGUAUUUACGCCUCGUGUCAUCAAUAUUUUUUCAUCCGUCCGUCCGGACAGAUAAGACAAGACAAGAGGAUGCCUGCUCUGUACUCAGUAUCAAUAAAAUGCAAGCUCAAGUGAACCAAGAAAAUGAUUAAACUAUUCAAGUUGAUAUUUUUUGGCAGCUGUCUAUUGUUAAUGGUCAGCUGCAGUUCAGGGGAUUCAGAAUUCAAGGAUUAUGUUUGUUUAAGUGAACGUGGUGUGCAUCUUCUUGCUUGGCACACAAAGUAUCAUAUUAUUACAACUAAUAAUACAGAUGUUUCUGAUGUUCACACUAAGAAAGAAUGCCUACAGAAAUGUCAGGACGAUGCAUUUGCUGCAUACUAUGACAUUAGUGGAGAGGAUUCAAGUGAUGAAAGCUCUGAAGACAAGCAGCAUUGUUUUUGUUUCCGGAUGAAGAAAGGAAAUGAGGCUGAAAUGUUUCCUGCGCGUAUAGUUGAUUAUUCAGAAACUGUAUUUAAUGAUGAUUUAGAUGAGAUCACGUGUAACAAUUCUUUCAGUUUAAGUUGCAAGGUUAACUCAACGCAGAACUGGUGUGUAAACAUGGACAAGGCAAUCAGCUAUAAGAUCACGGAGCAUGAUACAUUCCAGUAUGAAGAAAAUUUUUUCCCAAAAUGUUUAAGCGAAUCAUAUAUCAAGACUGACAACCUCGAAGAAAUAAAGGACAAGGACAAAAAUAUGACGGUUAUACAAUGGCGGGUGACGAACUGUGACGAAAAUCUGGACUAUUCAAUACUACAGGGGAACAGCACGAAUUGUGGUGGCAAUAAUGUAAUAGACCAGUCCUACGGAUAUGUUCCUGUCCAAUCUACAUGUGAUAGGUGCCCUAAUCUGUCUCCAUAUGAAACUGCUACUUGUGGUGAGGAAGAGAAUAGAUUAUACUCAGUUUACUGCUCUCACGCUCUAGAGGAUGGGCUUAACUCUCCGUGCACUAAGAUGAGCGUAAAACACGCUACGAGUAUAAAUUCCAACUACAUCGAAACCAAACCUCAAGAAUAUAACUUCACCUAUUUUGGAUGUUACACGUUACCAAGUAAAACAUUACCCUGGUCUGUUAGGAAGCCAAAUAGUAAAAAUUGCUUCGAGGAAUGCUUGGACACACAUAAAACAGCUGAAGAACAGAUUGUAGUUUACAUGAAACCAGCAGAUGACAAGGAAAACAGUAAAAAUGGAAACUAUAUCAACUGUGUUUGUAAUGUUCUAAAUAAAGACAGUUUUCUACCGACUAUAUCUGAUAUAUCUGAUGGGUGUGAUGAAAGCUGGUGUCCCCCUGCUCCAGGACCCUGUGGAUCUAUACAACCCGGGUUGGGCGGAUAUAGUCUUUACUGUCAAUGGCCUUCGAACCCAAAUGGCACGGAUGCAUGUUUUGAUCUGAUAGCUAACCCAGAAUCUUUUUAUAAGAACUCACCUGCAAGGUUUACACCUUUAGGAACGACCCAAAAUCCCACCACUGAACUAACUGAACCUACUACAGCAUCUAUUAAACCUUCUACUGCAACGUCAUUACUAUCUACAGUAAAACCAUCUACUGCAACUCCUACAACUGAAAACCCGACUCCAACACCAGGUUGUGAUAUGUGCCCUGGUAGAAAUGAUAGCAGAGGACACUAUUGGGAGUCUGCGUGUGCGGGAGAGAUUAUUGUCAAAGACACAUAUUGUCCUUUCAACACCACAGGGUCAGCCACUUGGACAUGUGACAACAUAACACUAACAUUCACACCAGAGGAACCAGAUAGAACCAGUUGCUAUGCUGAAUGGUUAGAUAAUGUAGAAAAUAUGUCCAAGAACAGCACUGCAGACCGGAAAAAGAUUACUGAAGAGAUUUUGCGGCAUCUAUCCACAGAAAAUAUUACGAGCGGAACGCUUAUUAGGAUUAUUAUGGUUGGUAUUGAAAUGUCAUCUCCAAUUGAAACCCUGCAACCUGUUCUAACGGACAGUGAUGCUUUUUUUAAUUCUAAAAACAUUACUAAAGAUUAUUUACAGAUAGCUAGUGAUCUUUUUCAACAAAAACUAGCAUGGAAAGAAAUGGAGAGUAGCGAACAAGCAUUUAACAGUUUUGAGUUGGUUCGAUCAAAUGAACUCAUGGCAUACAAACACCUAGAUUAUGUACACACAGAAGAUAUAGACUCAGAUUUAGCUGAACUACCGUACACAGAUACCACUUUUGUGGACAAUAGAAACAUGAUAAAACUUCAUCUCUCCUCUGGAGCUGAAAAUACAUCUGCUGGACUACCCCCCUGGAUAAAGAUGCAAGGUUCUUGGCUUCAAGAUAUAGAUGCAGAUAACAAUACUGAUAUCUUUGGAGCCUCAUAUAGCAAAGAUCUCUUUCCCCGUGGAAUUUUCAGGACAGAUGAUUCGGUUUUCGAAGGAAGAACAAACAAUAUUGUUUUCAACACCAUCAAUACUAUUUUAUCUUUUAGUAUUAACAAACAACCUAUUGAGUUCAAUGGUUCAACAGUUCUAAUUCACUUUGAUCAUCAAAAUAAAUCAUUGGCUUGUUCUUUCUGUAAACGACAAUGUGUCUCCUGGGACGAGAAAGAACAUUUAUUUACAUCAAGAGGAUGCUCGGUUCAGUUUUCCAACAAGACGAUGACAAUUUGUGAAUGUUCUCACUUAACAAAUUUUGGAUUAAUGUUCGAUAUUAACAACGCAUUUCAAGAUUGGGACCCAGUUCAAACUAAAAUACUCAGUAUUUUGUCUGAUAUUCUGCUUUCUUUUUCGUGUGUCUGUGCUUUUGCCACCUUCGUUAUUCUGAACCUGAGCAAGCUUCCAGGAAGUCCAAGAAUCAAUAUUGUUAAAAAUAGAGCUUUUUCUCUUUUUGGUCUCUACUUUCUCUUUCUCUUAGGGUUUGAUAAAAAUCAAUUCGAUCUCCCACAAAAUAUAAAGGAUAUAUCUUGUUCAAUAGUUGCGAUACUUCUUCACUUUUUUGGACUUUCCACUUUUUGUUGGACUCUACUAGAGGGGUUACAGCUUAACAAGUCAUUGGAGGCCAAUACUCUGACAGAUAUAGAUAGAAGAAAGUACACCAAACUUCUUAGAUAUCUGUUCGGAUAUGGUGCUCCCCUUAGCAUCAUAACAUUAACAUUAGGAAUUACGUAUGUUUUGGGUUUUGAUCAAAGUGCAUAUCAGAAUACAGAGGUGUACUGCUGGCUUAGAGAGAAGGAUUUUAUAUUAGCAUUUGCUGUUCCUGCUGGAGUAGUUAUAGUCUUCAACCUUUACGUCUUUGCAAAAUCAUUCAGGAUAGCUUCAGCUGCUAGAGUAAAGUAUAACGGAACAACAACUGAGAAACUAAUGGGACAGGUUAAAUCCUGGAUUAUUCUUUCCUUUUUGUUGGGAACCACCUGGUCAGUGGGAUUCUUUAUACAGGAGGGAACACAGGAGUUUGCCUACUUGUUUGUUUUAUUAAAUGGUAGUUCUGGAGUUUUCAUGUUUGUACACACCAUUCUUCUAAAUGAAGUUGUCUUACAAGAACUUAAAAUCAAUCUUGGAAUAGAAAAGAACGAGAAACUUGCAAUUGAUAACAGUGGAUCAAGGUUAAAUGGAGUCAAGAGUUUCCGGCGAGACCAACGUCCUGUUAUCAGGAAAAGGUCUCCCCGACCUCGGAUGACAACUGAUUCGUCCUCCAGUGAAGAGGUUUUAAGACAAGCUACUUAUCACAGGAGGAAACCUGCUCGGAGAACGGAAGUAUCCGGGGUGUAUUACUUGCCAGAAGAUAUUACGUCUGGUAUGUCAACACCAGACAGCACCUCCCUGGCUUCUACAUCAAGCAACUCAAAUGAUUACAGAGGACUGAUAAAUAACUCGAGGGGUUCUGGGAUUAGAACAAGAGUAUCAGGAAACACAAGAGUAAGGAAGAACAACGGUUAUGGAAACAAAAUAAGAGAACCCAGAAAUCCUAUUCAAUGGGAAGAUAUGCAAGUGGUAAACCCUGCAACCAGGGUUCAGGCAGGCCUGUUUCCUUUUUUUCAAGAACAAGGUUCAAGGCCUUUAUAUGAAGAGCAAGACACAAGGAUUCCAAAAUAUCAAGAUCAAGAUAAGAGGGGUCCACAGCAUCAAGAUCAAGAGACAAGGGGGCCACAAGAUCAGGAUCAAGAAACAUGGGAGCCACAAUAUCAGGAUCAAAUGACAAGGAUUCCUUAUCUGGAAUUAAUGAGACCAAUGAACCCAACACUAACCAGAGUAAUGACGGGUCUACCACAACCUAUGGGGUGGCUACAAAUGCAACAACAACAACAACAACCACAAGAUCAGGAAAUCCGGGGAAGGUUAAGGUUUAAUAGGCACAGCAACAAGUGGUGAUUUUAAAAAUUUUGUUCAUUCUUUAAUUGGUUCUUAUUAAAUGAAUUUUUUUAAAAUAAAAGCAUAAUUAACA